AUGUCAUACGCUCGUCGAAGAUUUCUUCCUUCUCGACCAUUUCGAGUUCGAAUUAUUUUACCUCCACGUCCUUACUAUGGAGGAAGGAGGGUAUUUAGACCUGCUAGUAUUCUAGGUGGUGCCCUUGGAGUACUUGGUGGUACUCUCGGUUGUCUACUUUGUUUAUCAGCUAUUGCUGCUUUAGGUUUAUUUUCGUGUAUAGUUGCUAUAACGGCUUAUGCCAGUAUGUAUACAAAAUUUUUACAUUUAUAA